AUGGUGGAAGUGUUGGGAAAAUCAGUUUUGGCUUACCAUAAAAAUGAAUUAUUGUCUUCAUAUUUAAAAAUGUUAUUCGUAUUCUUCUCAAUAACACAUCCAUUAUCACUUCAACAGCAAGGACAAAUUUUAAGUGAUAUACAACAGCACAGAUUUCGAUUUCCACAAUCCACAAAUGUACAGCCCCCAUCUGCCAGCAUAGUAUCUGGAUCGAAUCCAGUAGAUCCUUAUCAAAGUGUACAGUUUGUGCAAUCUCAAUCUCCGCCAAUAAUAACGGGAUUGAAUCAACAACAACAACAAGCUUCUCCAUCUCAAUCGGUUGUAACUCAGCAACAAACAUUAAACCGACCGGUAGUUCAACCGACAUUACAUCAACAACAAUUAAUCCAAAAAUUACGUAAUCAACAAUUAUCAAGGCCUGGUGCAAAUCAAUUUGCAGGAGGACAACAUCAUACACAAACUGGAUUUAUUCCAUUAACGCAAAACGCUGCACAGUUUAACGCACCACCUGCACUUCCAGGAUCUGUUACUGAUUUAGGAAAGGAUCCACUUCUAACACCGGAUCAAAGUGCACAAUUACAGAAAUACUUCGAAGAACAAAGACAACAACAGCGGUUAAAAGAAUUACGGGAGAAACAAAAGAUCGUUGAGAAACAUCAACAGUUUGUCGAAAAACAAUAUGAAAAGGCUCUCCAAAAAGCAAAGAAAGAACAUGAAGAAUAUUUGGAAAAACAACGUGAAUCUCGUCAAAAAUUAUACGAAAGUCUUAUUCAUACUGAAGCACCUAUCACACACGUGUCAGAACCAAAUACCCCUCGUACAAUUGCUCCCCAUGAAUCUCAUUUAUUCCAAAAAGCAUUACAUCAAUAUUUUAAAGAACAUCCAACCACAACAACUACGACCACUUCCAAAUCCACAACAUCGACAUCGACAGAAAAACCACGAUCUAAAAAACCAGUAAUUACUCAAAUCGGCAGCGAUGAUUUUGAUCAACAGAAAAUUUUAGAACAAAUACGUCAACAAUUAGGCGAAGACAGUGUUAAAAGUGGUAGUGCAACUACAAAAAUCUCAUUUUUACCCACGGUUCAACCUAAAAAACAAUACAAAACUUUGGAACAACAAGAAUUAUCACAAGAAGAUAUUCUAAAACAUUUAAAUGAACACAUCGCCAAAAAUCCAUUAGAAUCUUCAAAUGGUAAAAACUAUACAUCACGGGAAAUUAAUUUACCAAAUGGUCAAACCAUUGAAGUUAUUCGAACAUCAGAUCCUAAUUUAUUGGCUGGUGCCAAAGCAUUGAACGCCGGUGAUAGUACUAACAUUAUUAAUCGAAUUACCGCACCACCUAAACCAUCAACAACUUUAGCUCCACCAAAAGCAAUUUUGGAGGAUUUAACUAAAAGCAUUAUUCCACCUGGUGCUGAUUACGAAUUGAUUAAACAUACCCAAAAUGGUAUUGAAAAAGUUGACGGAAAACAAUUGGGAUCAGGACAAAAGCAAGUCACUUUUGUUUUAUUGGAAGAACAAGAUGAUGGUUCCUAUAAGGUUCAAGGUGUACGUGGAAAUAAUGACAAGGCAAAAGAUAACGUUGAUGUAGAUUCAAUUUUGAAAAAAAUUAAAAAUGGUGAGAUUAAAUUACCACCUCCAUCAGCAAGACCAGCAACUGUAGCUCCACAACCACAAACUUCCACAACUAUAAUUCGUCAACCGUAUUCAGCUAGUUCAACACCAAAAGCACAAUUUAUAAGACCGACUCGUGAACCUGCUUACAGUACUGGAAAUACAUACAAUCAACAUCAAACACCUGCACGAUCCAAUUAUUACCCGACCCCUAAACCAACAAUUAUCACUUCCAGUGAUGCAGUUUUGAAUCAAUAUCAUCGUAACUCACAAGAACAAGAAUCAUAUGAAUCACAACCAAAUUCCCCAGAAGUUACACAUAUUGGAAGUAGUACUCUUCAACCAGCAUCCCCAUCAAGCCAUCAUACAACACGAUAUCAACAUAAUUUCCCAACAUCAGCAGUUUAUUCGACAACAACUCAACCCACAACAUUUACCAAACAAGAGCCAGUAAGAUCUUCAUCAGCUUCAAUUGCCGCGCAAUAUUACAAUCAAAAUUUGUAUAAAGAAUCGACAACCACUCAAUUACCUUACACAUUCGCCACACAUCCAAGCACAACGUAUUCUUCUAGUCAAGAUAAUUCGGUUACUCAAGUGACUGCAUCUUCAUCAGCAGCUCCCCAACAAUCAACCCCAGGUUUAAUUGAAAUCUUGCGGAGAAAUGGUUUAUACGCAAUGGCUAAAUUCCUUAAACAAUCGGGAUUGGAUACAAUUUUAAAUGAAACUGGACCAUACACGAUAUUUGUACCAACAGAUAAAGCAUUCCGUACACUUUUAGUGCAAUUAGGUGGUCCAGAAAAGGCUGAAGAGAAAUUCAAGGAAAAUCCACGAUUAUUAAGUGGAUUACUUUUGCAUCAUGUGAUACCUGGAGCAUUUGAAAUUUCUGCAUUACAAGAUGAAAUGACCGGUGUAUCAUUAGCUGGAACACAACUUCGAGUCAAUCAAUAUAAUAUGCAUGAUGUUGAAUGGAAUGAAGUCAAGAUUACCACAAUAAAUGGUGCAAAAGUAUUAAAUGAUAAACAAGAUAUACAAAUUCCACAGGGUAUCGCACAAGCUGUUGAUCGUGUAAUGUUCCCAUUACCAGUUGGCGAUAUUAUACAAACAUUACAAUCAGAUCGUGAACGACGGUUUACAACAUUCUUAAGGGCAUUAUUUAAUUCUGGUCUUGCUGAAACAUUACAAGGAGCAAAAACUUACACAUUAUUUGCACCAACGGAAACAGCAUUUGAAGACAUUCCAACAGAUGAUUUAACAAGAUUAGUAACGGAUAAAGAAUUAUCAAAAGAAUUGGUAAUGCGACAUGUAAUGCCUGGCACAUUAUUUACAUCUGGUAUGCGAUAUUAUCAAGUGAAAGACAGUUUGGAUAAAAGUAAAAAGAUUACGCUUAAUAAAAAUACAGGACGUGUUAAAGUAAAUAAUAAUUCAAUUUUAACGCAAAAUAUUCCAGCAACAAAUGGAGUUAUUCACGCCAUAAGUACAUUAUUAUAA